AUGGACGACAACGGCGACGACGCGCUCCUGUACUGCGGCGAGGACGCCGGCGAGCUGGAGCGCGACGACCGCGAGCCGGGGACGUCGUCGUCGUCGACGUGCACCGCCGCCGCAGCUGACGACGGAGGACAUGGUGAGUGCUUCUGCUACGACGACGACGACGACGCGCCCGUCGACACCGAGUUCGUCGUGCCCGCGUUCUCGCCGCCGGGGCGCCGGCCGGGGGCCGUCGUCCACCGGCCCGGAAGCUGGUCGGAGUCCGUCUCCUGGAUCCUCAAGGUCCGGUCGUUCCACGGCUUCCAGCCGGCGACGGCGUACCUCGCCGUGAGCUACAUGGACAGGUUCCUGUCCUCUCGCACUCUGCCGGAUUAUGGAUGGGCAUCCCAGUUGCUAUGUGUGGCUUGCUUGUCUCUGGCUGCCAAGAUGGAAGAAACCUCUUCACCACCCCUCCUCAACCUUCAAAUCGAAGGAACAAGGUUCAUUUUUGAGCCUCGGACGAUCCAGAGGAUGGAGCUCAUCGUGCUGGUCGAGCUGGACUGGAGGCUCCGGUCGCUGACGCCUUUCGCCUUUGUUGAUUUCUUCGCUUUCAAGGCCGGCUCCUCCGGGAGAAACUCGAGGAUCUUGGCGUUGCGCACUUGCCAAAUAAUUCUCGAUGCAAUUCAUGAGACCGAGUUCCUGAACCACUGCGCCUCAUCAAUGGCGGCAGCGGCGGUGCUAUUGGCAGUAAAUGAGUCGCCAGCGGCCAUGGCUUGCAGGAGCGUCAGCCCUGAAUCAGUUGCCUCGUGGUGCGUUGGCCUGACUGAGGAAGGGAUCAGCAGUUGCUACCAGCUGCUGCAGCAGCAGCAAGCUCUGAAUACUGCGAGAGAGAGGAGGCGGCAUCUGAUGAUACUGCUCGCGCCGCAGCUGAGACCAAUGAAUUGUUCGUCAGUAGCAAGUUCAUCUUCCCGGGGCAAAAGGCGCAAACUUGGUGGCCAUUUCGGAGAAGAGUGAAUCUUUUCUCUUUGUUUUUGAGUCUGAAUCAA